ACUUCACCUCAAAGCUGUCUGACAUUCAAAAUAGCGGAAUUUGGUACAUUUGCUAUGGCCUUUAACAACUUCUACAGCUACCUUCGUGAAAUAACUAUUAGCGAACAGCAAUGCGGGGAAUGUUCGUAUCAACAGAGCUGUGGACGACAAUGUCAUCGACGAGGCGAAGUUACUAUGAUUAAUCCGCUUUUCGUAGCUGAGCGUCGCUGCUUGGGUCUGGAACAGAACCAGGCGUGUAUAUCAAAGUAUGUGCCGGACUGCAAGCUUUGGCCCAAUUCCUCAAUUCAACUUCCAAACGUUACUGAAAGCAUGCAGCAAAUAAUCGAUGGGCUAGACUAUCUCACUUGCCUUCCGCAACAUAGGCAAUCUGGAUCGGUAUGCCGCUGCUGUUGUCACCCAUACACACCAAAUCCCCAAACAUUUGAGUGUGAGCUGAAAUCAUUUAUUGCCGGACGCUAG